GAAAACUAACAAAUAUUUUUGGCUUUCAAGAGUGUUGCUUAAUUCACUGAUCGGUGACACAUCAACCGUCUAAACUGUCUUUUCAUAGCGCUUUAUGAACAAACCUCGCUCGAUCUCUACACGAAUCUAACUCAAAAAAACUUCACAAAUUAUACUCCAAUCACUACUAUACUGAAAAAUCAAAAACCCCAAUCCGUUUUCUUUUCUGUUUCUUAAUGCAAAAAUAUACCUUAGUUAAAUUCACCCAUUUCAAGAUUUGUUAAUAGAUCUACUGUUAUUGCGUUUUUGGUUAAUUCAGUGCAGUGUUGAAUCUUAUGGGAGAUGGGUUCUUGAAACUGAAGUAUUUCGUGGGUAGUAUUUGUUAUGUGAUAUGGGUUUGAACAAAUGUCGUUUAUUGUGGUGAUUCAGUGUGUUUUAUGGUACUUGAGUUGAUUAGCUGAUUUGGGUUGGUUUCAAAAUUUGUUCUUUUCUUAUUUGGAUUGUACUCUGUUGGUUUUUGAUUUGGGUUUCCGGAGGAGGAGAUGAUGUUUUGGAGGGAAAGGGAAAGGGAGACUAAAGAGCAAAAUGGUGGUCCACCUUGUGGACAAGUCAGGGUGCUUGUUGUUGGAGAUUCAGGUGUGGGGAAGACUUCUCUUGUUCAUCUGAUUCUCAAUGGUUCUUCCAUUGCUCGCCCUCCUCAAACAAUUGGCUGUACAGUCGGAGUAAAACACACCACCUAUGGAAAUUCUGGUAGCUCAUCAACAAGCAUAAAAGGUGAUGCCGAGAGAGAUUUUUUUAUUGAACUUUGGGAUAUAUCAGGACAUGAUCGUUAUAAAGAUUGCCGAUCUCUGUUCUACUCACAAAUUAAUGGUGUUAUCUUUGUAUACGAUCUAUCUCAAAGAAGGACAAAGACAAGCUUGCAGAAGUGGGCUGUAGAGAUAGCAACAGCUGGGACAUUCUCGGCUCCUCUAGCUUCAGGAGGUCCUGGUGGUCUCCCUGUUCCUUACAUUGUUAUUGGCAAUAAAGCAGAUAUUGCUACAAAGGAGGGCACUAGAGGAAGCAGUGGCAAUCUUGUUGAUAUGGCUCGCCAGUGGGUUGAGAAGCAAGGUCUACUUCCUUCAAGCGAAGAGAUCCCAUUGACUGAGAGUUUUCCUGGUGGUGGAGGUCUUAUUGCGGCCGCUAAGGGAGCAAGAUAUGACAAAGAAGCUGUCAUGAAGUUUUUCCGCAUGUUAAUCAGGAGGAGAUACUUCUCAGAUGAUCUACCUGGUAAUCAUUGGUCUACCCCAGUUCCGAAACCACUGCAGCAAUCGAGCGAAAUCUCAAAUGAUGAUGAUCACUUGUACAAAAGUAAAAGUUCAAGUUAUAUCGGUGAAUACAAGUACAAUGCACUCCCUCCUUUACCAGCUCAACGCAAUCUCACACCGCCUCCCACGCUUUACCCACAGCAGCCUAUGUCUACACCUGACAAUUAUAACAUCCCCAGAUUUGCCUUUAUGAGCAACCAAGAAAUCAGCAGUGCCAGAUCUAAGCGUUCAGAUAUUAACGUCUAAUGAUCUUUCUUUCUUUUUUUUCCUGUUAUUUUUAUAUUUUUCAUGUUAUGGUACAUAUUUUCAAGACAGAAUAGCCAGCUCUGUGAAAAAGCUUGUCUUGUAAAAUGUUAACCUAAGUCAUUCUUUUGACUCAUUGUGAGGUUCUUGAAAUAUGUAGGGUAAAGUUGGAAGGCUUAUAAUACAAAGAUCUUUGAUGCAGCGUGCACCAUUUUUAUUUUC